GAAGGGUCACACUUGGAUAGUAAAUUAGUUAAAUUUGCAAACUUUUUUAUAAACGCACAAAAUGGAGCCUUAUGAUGUCGUGGUUAACCAACCUGUGGUCAUAGAUAACGGCUCUGGUGUUAUCAAGGCCGGCUUUGCUGGCGAGCACAUUCCAAAAUGUCGGUUUCCCAACUACAUUGGCAGACCCAAGCAUGUUCGGGUGAUGGCUGGUGCCUUGGAGGGGGACAUAUUUGUCGGACCCAAGGCGGAAGAGCAUCGCGGGCUACUCAGCAUCAGAUAUCCCAUGGAGCAUGGCAUUGUGACGGACUGGAAUGAUAUGGAGAGAAUAUGGAGCUACAUUUAUAGCAAAGAACAAUUGGCCACCUUCACAGAAGAUCAUCCUGUGCUGCUAACAGAGGCGCCGCUAAAUCCUCGCCGUAAUCGAGAGAAGGCAGCCGAAUUUUUCUUCGAAGGCAUCAAUGCUCCUGCCCUCUUCGUGUCCAUGCAGGCCGUGCUCAGUCUCUAUGCCACUGGUCGCGUUACUGGAGUGGUACUCGACUCCGGCGACGGUGUGACGCAUGCAGUUCCCAUCUAUGAGGGAUUCGCCAUGCCUCACAGUAUUAUGCGGGUGGACAUAGCUGGUCGGGAUGUCACCCGCUACCUCAAAACACUUCUGCGGCGCGAGGGUUUCAAUUUCAGAUCAACAGCUGAAUUUGAAAUUGUGCGUUCUAUCAAGGAGAAAGUCUGCUAUCUGGCCACAAAUCCGCAAAAGGAGGAAACUGUGGAAACGGAAAAGUUUGCCUACAAACUACCCGACGGCAAGACCUUCGAAGUGGGACAGGCUCGCUUCCGGGCUCCAGAAGUUCUCUUCCGCCCCGAUUUGCUGGGCGAAGAAUGCGAAGGCAUACACGACGUGCUAAUGUACUCCAUUGAAAAGUCGGAUAUGGAUCUGAGAAAAAUGCUCUAUCAGAAUAUUGUGUUGUCUGGUGGUUCCACACUAUUCAAAGGUUUCGGUGAUCGACUGCUGUCUGAGUUGAGGAAACAUUCGGCCAAGGAUCUAAAGAUCAGAAUUGCCGCUCCACAGGAACGACUCUACUCCACGUGGAUGGGCGGAUCCAUUCUGGCCUCGCUUGAUACAUUCAAGAAAAUGUGGAUCUCUAAACGCGAGUACGAGGAGGAGGGCCAACGUGCCGUGCAUAGAAAGACUUUUUAGUUUGUUUAUCGACUUAAACGCUAUUAAAAAUUCUUCGCUAACUACA